AUGUCGACUACACCAGGAGUAACUUUCCGCAAGGAUGGGACGAAAACAUUCAUCCCGCUCGAGAACAACCCAGAAGUGUUCACUCAACUCAUUCACAACCUCGGCGUCUCGAAGAAGCUCGGUUUCUACGAUGUAUACAGCGUCGACGAGCCUGAGUUGCUGUCCAUGAUUCCUCGCCCCGUCCACGCCCUCAUAUUCAUCACUCCUGCUCCUAUGUGGGCUCGCGUUCGGGAAAGUGAUCCUGGUUCAAAGGAGUUGACGUACGACGGUUCUGGUCCAGAUGAACCAGUCAUGUGGUAUAGACAGACCAUCGGACACGCCUGCGGCCUCAUCGCCCUCUUGCAUAGUGUAAGUAACGGUACGGCCAAGGAUUUCAUCAGCCCAGACUCGCUCCUCGAUAAGAUCGUCAAGGAAACACGGGAUCUCAAACCCCUUGCGCGUGCCGACUUCCUCUACAAUUCGGUCGAACUGGAAAAAGCCCAUAUGGACGCAGCCGUAACGGGAGAUUCCGCGGCGCCUACUAGCCAGGAACCUGUCGGGUAUCAUUUUAUCAGCUUUGUCAAAGGUUCAGACGGUCAUCUCUAUGAUCUAGAGGGGGGUUGGGGUGAACCAGUCGAUUGUGGUAUCUUGGAUGAGGGAAAUGACCUCCUCAGUGAUCAGGCACUGGAGGCUACAGUCAAGAGAUACACCAAAGUUGCCGACGGGAACCUAGAGUUCAGCAUCAUUGCUCUAUCAACAGUCCCAGAGGAAGACUAG